CUUUUGACAAGUCUCGUAUCUACGCGUUGGAACUUAGAGUUAGUCUUAACUGUUAAAUUGCUUUGCAAUUUAUGUUGACUGAAAGUUAAACUUUUCCAUCGAAUAAGUCGCGCGCAAAAUCGGUAGAUUAACGUCAUCAUGGCAUCUAAUAUGGGAAAGAUUGUUCUGAAGAACUCAACGAAAAUGACACUUAAUGAACGACUUCAUGGUAUCAAGAGACAUGCUGAACAAGUAUUUUGUUUUUAUGAGUUUGACUUCUCAGUCAAAUGGGCUUCAUUUUGAACAGUGAUUAUCAACCUCCACAUUUCUCCCUUGAAGAUUCACUGCAUAUCAAGAACAUACACAGACAUCAGUUUCCUCUGUAAGACAAAAGGUGCAGCAACAGAGACAAGCAUCUGCAAAAAAUAUGCGUCUGGCUCAACAGAUGGCAAAUAGACCCAGUGUGAUGGCAGCCCUAAAACUGAAAAAGAGAAGUCUCAAUCUUAAACAGCGCCUUGGUUCACGGACAGAAUCAGGAGGGCCAGGUAGAACAAAUGUGAAAGCAAGAUUAAGUUUCGGUGCUACUAAAAGUGUUCAGCUUCAGAAUAGAUUUGGUACGAGCAGUGGAGGUCGUGGUAAAGUUUCAGCAAAUAGACCAGGUGUUAGGAAAUCCUUUGGAAGAGGUGGUGGAAGACAGCUAGGAACAUCUCCAAUGCUAAAGGCACGGCUUGGAAACCAAUCUGUUGGAGGACGGUGGAGAACUCCAACACAACAAACAUCUAACAGCCCAAAAAGGGGAGCACAGUGGAACAACCUCAGAAGUAGAGGAAAUAGAGGCUUCCAAACAAGAGGACGAAAUGUACAAGGAUAUAGAAGAGGAAGCAUGUAUAAUCAGCAGAGAAGGAAUUUCAGGCGGUUUAGACGUGGUGGAAGAGGGCAGAAUUUUAGAGGCAACAGAGGACGUGGUCAAGGAAGAGGUGUUGGACGUGGCCAAGGAAGAGGUGCCAACAAAAAAGACAACCUUCCAUCCAAACAAGAACUUGAUAAUCAGUUAGAUGAGUACAUGGCUAACACAAAAAAUGCCCUUGAUGCUGAACUGGAUGCCUAUAUGGCUAAGUAUGGCUUGGACUGAUUGAUAUAAAAUGAACAGCAGUUUUAUAAUCAUUGAUUUUAGAUGUGUAGCUUUGUUAGCCAAAAGUUUCUGGUUUUGACAGUAUCAUUUUACUGAAUUGAUCUUGACAGGAAGAUUUCACAUUCACAUCAGUCUGUAGUUCUGCUCAGACUUUGAUAGUUUUGUGUAUUUUGUGUUUGCAUGUAUUAGUUAUUACUUACCAUGUCACUGUACAUAGAUUGGAAAAAAACAAAUUUCAGCAGUGUGAUAACAUUUAUUGGUAUGACAGUGUUACACAAAAAUGUCAAUAAAAAUAUUCCAAUUUUUCA